AUGGGAUUUGGAUAAAUACAGAAACAACCUUUAAACUAACUUGUAUAAAUAACAUCUGAUCAUCCAGAUGCUAAAUUUACAUACUUUUCUGACAUUGUAUUUUAGACAGAAUAAAUUGGUAAUACAUUUAAAUAAUUCAGAAAUAAUUAUUGACAAAGUUGUUAAAGAAGAUGAUAAAUUUAUUUAUUUUCUUGAUAUGAAGCAUCUUUGCUAAAAUAAUCAGAGAAUUUUAAAUAAUUUUAGCGUUCUAAAGAGUCAAUAUUAAACAAUAGUUUGUUUGCUAGUUUUUGAAUAAAAUUAAUUUAGUAUAGUAUUCCCAUGA